AAAGCAAUACUAAAAAGCGGAACAGGUCAAAAGAAGAAGAAGAAGGCGCGGUACAUAUUUGCCAUCCCCCGGUGCUAUGUGUCCACCUCCAUCUUGAUCCCUCCUUCCCCGCGUGGCCGCCCCGUGACAUCCAGGUCGGCCGUGCUGCCCCCAUCACUGCAAAAUGGGGUACAUCAAAGUAGUCAAGAACAAGGCUUACUUCAAGCGCUUCCAGGUGAAGUUCAAGAGGCGUCGUGAAGGCAAGACUGAUUAUUAUGCUCGCAAGCGCCUAGUUGUGCAGGCCAAGAACAAGUACAACACUCCAAAACAUCGAUUGAUUGUACGUCUUACCAACACCGACGUCAUUGCCCAGAUUGCCUAUGCAAGAAUUGAGGGAGAUGUUAUCAUUGCCUCUGCCUACUCUCAUGAGCUUGUCAACUAUGGGAUCAAGGUUGGCCUCACCAACUAUGCUGCCUGCUACUGCACUGGGCUGCUGCUGGCCAGGAGGGUCUUGAAGAAGUUCAAGUUGGACUCCAUUUAUGAGGGUCAGAAGGAAGUUGAUGGAGAAAUGUACUCGGUGGAAGAUGUGGACAGUGGACCAGGAGCUUUCCGGGCUAACCUUGACAUUGGCCUGGCCCGCACCACCACUGGGGCUCGCAUCUUCGGUGUAAUGAAGGGUUCUGUGGACGGAGGCAUUGAGGUGCCCCACAGUGAGAAGAGGUUUCCAGGUUAUGACAAGGAAGCAAAGGAGUUCAAUGCCUCUGUCUUGCGUGACCACAUUAUGGGCAAGCAUGUGGCCAAUUACAUGCGUGAACUAAUGGAAGAAGAUGAAGAUGCUUACAAGAGGCAGUUCUCACGCUUCAUCAAGUGUGGACUCACUCCUGAUGAGCUUGAGGACAUCUACAAGAAGGCACAUGCUUCCAUUCGCGCUGAUCCGACUCCCAAGCCCCGACCAGAGAAGCAGGUGGUGAAGAAGAGGUGGAAUGCCAAGAGGCUCACCUAUGAUGAACGCAAGGCUGCUGUACAGGCCCGAAAGGAUGCCUGGUUGGCCAAGAUUGAAAAGGGAGAAGCCACCCUUCAAGAGCUCCAAGAGAAGUAAGAAUAAACUUGUCUCCCAAGAA